CAGCAAUAAUAUUUUUUUGCUACGAACAGAAAUAAAUAUUUAUAUUGUGUUGUACUCGCAACACAACACAGCACCAGCGACCUUCACAAGCCCCACAACACCCCCUUUUUCUCUUCGCUUUGGGGUUUCGCUUCUCUCCUCUUUCUCUCUCUCUCUCUAAAAUCCCCUUCAUACUUCUCUCUCCUCCGAGCCCUCCCUCCAAACUUCGGAUGUGUAUGCGUCCACCCACUCUCUCUCAUUCCUCUCUCAGUAGUCAAUAGUAGAGAAGCUGGGGUUGAGAAUUCAUGGCAGCCCCAAGAUCGAGCUUGCCCUCGAGGCUUCGCCAACUCCUCUCCGGCGAUGGCGGUUUCGGUCCAUCUCUCAAAAUAGACUCGGACCCACCUCCUAAAGUCAAAGCCUUUAUUGACAAAGUUAUACAGUGUCCAUUACAAGAUAUACAAAUACCUCUCUCUGGUUUCCGUUGGGAGUAUAGUAAGGGGAAUUUCCACCACUGGAGGCCGCUUUUUCUUCAUUUUGAUACGUAUUUCAAGACAUACUUGGCUUCUAGAAAUGACCUCCUUUUGUCAGAUAGAAUAUUGGAAGAUGACAGUCCUUUUCCAAAACAGGCAGUUCUUCAAAUUUUGCGAGUGAUGCAAGUAAUUUUAGAGAAUUGCCAUAACAAAAGUUCACUUGAUGGCUUGGAGCAUUUCAAGCUCCUACUUGCAUCAACCGAUCCUGAGGUUCUUAUAGCAACGCUGGAAACACUGUCUGCACUUGUAAAAAUUAAUCCUUCCAAACUGCAUGGAAGUGGAAAGUUGAUUGGUUGUGGUCCAGUGAACAGCUAUCUCAUCUCUCUAGCACAGGGAUGGGGAAGCAAGGAAGAGGGUCUGGGUUUAUAUUCAUGUGUUAUGGAAAACGAGACUAUCCAAGGUGAUGGGCUGCAUUUGUUCCCAUCAGAUGUAGAAGUUGAUAGUGACAAGUCCCAGUACCGGGUAGGAUCUACCCUUUAUUUUGAGGUACAUGGGCAUCCCCAAAGCACAGAAGGGAGCUGUAUUGAUGUAAAUUCUUCUAGUUUAAGAGUUAUACAGAUUCCUGAUGUGCAUUUGCACAAGGAAGAUGAUCUAACAAUAAUGAAACAGUGCAUUGAGGAGUUCAAGGUGCCUCCUGAUCUCCGGUUCUCAUUGUUGACUAGAAUCAGAUACGCCCGUGCCUUCCGUUCUCCCAGAAUAUGCAGGCUGUAUAGCAGGAUUUGCCUUCUUGCGUUUGUUGUUCUUGUUCAGUCUAGUGAUGCUCAUGAAGAACUUGUGUCCUUUUUUGCAAAUGAGCCAGAGUAUACAAAUGAACUGAUCAGGAUUGUACGCUCUGAAGAAACUGUUUCUGGGAACAUUAGAACACUUGCAAUGCUUGCUUUAGGAGCUCAGUUAGCCGCAUAUUCUGCAUCUCAUGAGCGAGCACGCAUUUUGAGCGGAUCUAGUAUCAGUUUUGCUGGGGGAAACCGUAUGAUACUCCUGAAUGUGCUUCAGAAGGCUGUUUUAUCGCUUAAGAACUCCAAUGAUCCUUCCUCACUUGCCUUUGUUGAAGCCCUUCUCCAAUUUUAUUUGCUCCAUGUGGUUUCAUCAUCAACUACAGGGAGUAAUAUAAGGGGCUCAGGCAUGGUUCCUACAUUUUUACCACUUUUGGAGGAUUCUGAUCCCAUGCAUUUGCAUCUAGUCUGUUUUGCUGUGAAAACUCUUCAGAAGCUCAUGGAUUACAGUAGUUCAGCUGUUUCUCUUUUUAAGGAGUUGGGUGGAGUUGAACUUCUUGCUCAGAGACUACAGAUAGAGGUGCGUAGAGUCAUUGGAUCUGAUGCAGUUGAUGAUAAUUCAAUGGUGAUUGGUGAAAGCUCAAGAUAUGGUGAUGACCAGUUGUAUUCUCAAAAGAGACUCAUUAAAGUUUCAUUGAAGGCACUUGGUUCUGCUACAUAUGCUCCUGGGAACUCUUCUAGAUCUCAACAUUCUCAUGACAAUUCUUUACCUGCAACUCUGUCUCUGAUAUUUGGAAACGUAGAGAAGUUUGGUGGUGACAUAUAUCACUCCGCUGUGACAGUUAUGAGUGAAAUAAUCCACAAAGACCCAACUUCUUUUUCUUCUUUGCAUGAAAUGGGUCUUCCAGAUGCAUUUUUAUCUUCAGUAGUAGCUGGAAUUCUGCCUUCUUCUAAAGCUCUUACCUGUGUACCUAAUGGUCUUGGUGCCAUUUGUCUGAAUGCCAAAGGCUUGGAGGCAGUGAAGGAAAGUUCCGCAUUACGUUUUCUUGUCGACAUUUUCACUAGCAAGAAGUAUAUUGUAGCAAUGAAUGAUGCUAUUGUUCCUUUGGCAAAUGCUGUGGAAGAGCUUUUACGCCAUGUUUCUUCACUAAGAAGCACUGGUGUCGAUAUAAUCGUUGAAAUUAUUGAAAAAGUUACUUCUUUUGCUGACAAUAAUGGUACAGGGACAUCUGGAAAAGUUAAUGGAAGUGCUGCAAUGGAAACGGAUUCUGAAGACAAAGAAAAUGAAGGCCAUUGCCGUCUGGUUAGUGCAGUAGAUUCAUCUGCAGAGGGAAUCAGUGAUGAGCAGUUUGUUCAGCUAUCAAUCUUCCAUCUGAUGGUACUGGUUCACAGAACAAUGGAGAAUUCUGAAACAUGUAGAUUAUUUGUUGAGAAGUCCGGAAUUGAAGCGUUAUUGAGGCUUCUAUUACGGCCUAGGAUUGUUCAAUCAUCUGAUGGAAUGUCUAUUGCUUUACACAGCACCAUGGUCUUCAAGGGUUUUACGCAACAUCACUCUGCUGCACUUGCCCGUGCAUUUUGCUCCUUUCUUAGGGAUCAUCUGAAGAAAGCUUUGACUGGAUUUGAAUUAGUUUCAGGGUCUUUAUUAGAUCCCAGGAUGACUGCAGAUGGUGCAAUAUUUUCGUCACUUUUCCUUGUUGAAUUUCUUUUGUUUAUUGCUGCCUCAAAAGACAACCGCUGGAUAACUGCCUUACUGACUGAAUUUGGAACUGGUAGCAAAGAUGUGCUUGAAGAUAUAGGGUGUGUCCAUCGUGAAGUUCUUUGGCAGAUUGCUCUUCUUGAAGAUGCCAAGCCUGGGACAGAGGAUGAGGGUGUUGAUUCUCCUGCUGAGUCACAACAGUCAGAAAUGCCUACAUAUGAGAGUGAAGAGCAAAGAUUUAACUCUUUUAGGCAGUUCCUUGAUCCAUUAUUGAGAAGGAGGACAUCGGGUUGGAGUAUUGAAUCUCAGUUUUUUGACCUUAUAAGCCUGUAUCAUGACCUUGGCCGUGCCACUAGUUCUCAACAAAGGACAAGUACUGAUGGUUCGUCAAAUCUGCGGUUCGGAGCUGGUAAUCAGUUAAAUCAAUCCGGAUCUUCAGAUUCUGGUGUUGGUCUUAGUGGAAAGGAGCAAAGAUCCUAUUAUACUUCAUGCUGUGAUAUGGUGAGAUCACUUUCUUUUCACAUUACCCAUCUGUUUCAAGAGUUGGGAAGGGUAAUGUUGCUUCCUUCUCGCCGACGGGAUGAUAUUGUGAAUGUUUCCCCUUCCUCAAAAUCAGUGGCUUCCUCCUUUGCUGCCAUUACAUUGGAUCACAUGAAUUUUGGGGGGCAUGUAAAUGCUUCUGCGUCUGAGGUGUCUGUGUCAACAAAGUGUCGUUACUUUGGUAAGGUGAUUGACUUCAUUGAUGGCAGUCUAUUGGAGAGACCGGAUUCUUGUAAUCCUGUUCUACUAAAUUGCCUGUAUGGGCAUGGAGUAUUGCAAUCACUUUUGACCACGUUUGAAGCUACCAGUCAACUGUUGUUCACAGUAAAUAGGGCGCCUGCAUCUCCUAUGGAAACUGAUGAUGUGGUUCUAAAGCAGGAUGAAAAGGAAGACACUGAUCACUCAUGGAUUUAUGGUCCUUUAGCUAGCUAUGGUAAACUGAUGGACCACCUGGUCACGUCUUCUUUCAUUUUGUCUCCUUUUACAAAACACUUGCUCACGCAACCCAUAACAAGUGGGAAUGUCCCCUUUCCACGUGAUGCCGAGACUUUUGUGAAGGUCCUUCAAUCCAUGGUGCUGAAAGCUGUGCUUCCAGUUUGGUCACACCCACAAUUUAUUGAUUGCAGUCAUGAUUUCAUUACUACUGUGAUUUCUAUCAUUAGGCACGUUUACUCGGGGGUUGAAGUGAAAAAUGUUAAUAGCAACAGUAGUGCUCGUAUUGCUGCCCCUCCUCCAAAUGAGACAGCUAUUUCAACAAUUGUGGAGAUGGGCUUUUCUAGGCCCAGGGCAGAAGAAGCUCUGAGACAAGUUGGAUCAAAUAGCGUGGAGUUGGCAAUGGAGUGGUUAUUCUCCCAUCCGGAGGACACUCAGGAAGAUGAUGAACUUGCCCGUGCACUCGCGAUGUCUCUUGGGAACUCUGAAUCAGAAAAUAAGGAAGCUGGCGCAAAUGACAACGUUAAGCAGCUAGAAGAAGAGAUGGUUCAGCUUCCUCCCAUUGAAGAAUUAUUAUCUACAUGCGCAAAGCUUUUGCAAAUGAAAGAACCUCUUGCUUUUCCAGUUCGAGAUCUGCUGGCAAUGAUGUGUUCCCAAAACGAUGGUCAAUAUAGGUCUAAUAUCAUGACCUUUAUUGUUGACAGAGUAAAAGAGUGUAGUCUGGUUGCUGAUGGGGGAAAUGUUCCCAUGCUAUCUGCUCUUUUUCAUGUUCUUGCUUUAAUUUUUCAAGAUGAUGCAGUGGCACGUGAAGUUGCUUCAAAUAGUGGUCUGGUUAGAGUUGCCUCAGAUCUGCUUUCUAAAUGGGAGUCUAGUUCUGGUUUAGUUGACAGGGAGAAAUGUCAAGUACCAAAGUGGGUCACAACAGCUUUUCUUGCUAUUGAUCGGCUCUUGCAGGUGGAUCAAAAACUGAAUUCUGAAAUUGCAGAGCAGUUGAAAAAGGACAGUAUUAGUGGUCAGCAGGGCUCCAUAAGCAUUGAUGAGGAUAAGCAAAAUAGGUUGCAGUCUGUGUUGGGGCUGUCUUUGAAACAUAUAGACUUAAAGGACCAGAAAAGACUGAUUGAGAUUGCAUGUUCUUGUAUCAAGAGCCAGCUUCCAUCUGAAACAAUGCAUGCCGUUUUGCAACUAUGCUCUACUCUCACCAGAGCACAUUCUGUUGCUGUUAGUUUUCUUGAUGCUGGGGGUUUAAGUUUACUGCUUACUUUGCCGACAAGUAGCCUCUUUCCUGGGUUUGACAAUGUUGCUGCCACGAUUAUACGUCAUGUCCUGGAAGAUCCUCAAACGCUUCAGCAGGCAAUGGAAUUUGAGAUAAGGCACAGCCUUGUUGCUGCUGCUAACAGACAUUCAAAUGGAAGAGUUUCUCCCCGAAACUUUCUAUCAAGUUUAAGCUCUGCGAUUUCCCGCGAUCCAGUGAUUUUUAUGAGGGCUGCUCAGUCUGUUUGCCAAAUUGAAAUGGUUGGUGAAAGGCCCUACAUUGUCUUGCUGAAGGAUCGUGAGAAAGAUAAAAGCAAAGAGAAGGAGAAAGACAAACAAUCAAGUGAUGGGAAAAAUGCUUUGGGUAAUAUUAAUCCAGCGACUUCUGGGAAUGGGCAUGGCAAAGUUAAUGAUUCAAAUCCAAAAAGUGCCAAAGCUCAUCGAAAAUACCCUCAGAGUUUUGUCACUGUUAUUGAGCUUCUUUUGGAUUCUGUCUGUGCCUAUAUACCUCCCCUGAAAGAUGAUGUUGCCUCAGAUGUGCCGCUUGGUACCCCAUCGUCAACAGACAUGGAGAUUGAUGUUGCUGCUGUUAAAGGAAAGGGAAAAGCCGUUGUCACUACAUCUGAAGAUAACAAAACCAGUAACCAGGAAGCUUCUGCAUCUCUUGCGAAGGUUGUAUUUAUUCUUAAGCUUCUGACAGAGAUUCUAUUGAUGUACGCUUCCUCUGCUCAUGUUUUGCUUCGAAGAGAUGACUGUCAUCAAAAGGGUAUUACUGCUGUGAACAGUGGUGGAAUAUUUCAUCACAUUCUUCAUAAAUUCCUUACAUAUUCUAGAAGUGCAAAAAAGGAAAAGAGAACAGAUGGUGAUUGGAGGCACAAAUUAGCAAGCAGGGCUAGCCAAUUUUUGGUUGCAUCUUGUGUUCGUUCUUCAGAAGCAAGGAGAAGAGUUUUUACUGAGAUCAGUUUCAUUUUUAAUGACUUUGUUGACUCAGGUAAUGGUCCUCGGCAACCCAAAAAUGAUACACAAGCAUUUAUUGAUCUGCUUAAUGAUGUUCUAGCUGCUCGCACGCCUACUGGCUCAUACAUCUCAGCGGAAGCUGCUGCCACCUUUAUAGAUGUUGGUCUGGUUGGUUCACUGACUCGAACUCUGCAAGUGUUGGACCUGGACCAUGCCGAUGCACCUAAAGUUGUUACGGGUCUUAUCAAGGCUUUAGAGUUGGUAAGUAAAGAACAUGUCCAUUCUGCCGAUUCCAACACAGGGAAGGGUGACCUUUCCACCAAACAUACUGAUCAAAGUCAACAUGGGAGGGCAGACAAUGUUGGUGACACCUCCCAAUCAAUGGGUGCAGUGUCCCAAUCCCUUCACGAUUCUGUGCCACCGGAGCACAUUGAGACUUAUAAUACUGUGCAAUCCUUUGCUGGCUCUGAGGCUGUGACAGAUGAUAUGGAACAUGACCAAGAUCUAGAUGGUGGUUUUGCUCCUGCUACUGAAGAUGAUUAUAUGCACGAAACUUCUGAGGAUACUCGGGGUCUUGAAAAUGGCAUUGAUGCAAUGGGCAUGCCAUUCGAAAUUCAACCUCAUGUGCAAGAAAAUCUUGACGAGGAUGAUGAGGAUGACGAUGAAGAUGAUGAAGAGAUGUCUGGGGAUGAUGGAGAUGAAGUAGAUGAAGAUGAAGAUGAGGAUGAUGAGGAGCAUAAUGAUAUGGAAGAUGAAGCCCAUCACCUGACUCACCCCGAUACCGAUCAAGAUGAUCAUGAGAUUGAUGAUGAGGAAUUUGAUGAGGAAGUAUUGGAAGAAGAUGAUGAAGAUGAUGAGGACGAUGAAGAUGGAGUUAUAUUGCGGCUGGAGGAGGGCAUCAAUGGGAUUAAUGUAUUUGACCAUAUUGAGGUUUUCAGUAGAGAUCACAAUUUCCCCAAUGAAGCGCUCCAUGUGAUGCCUGUGGAAGUUUUUGGCUCCAGACGUCAAGGGCGCACUACUUCCAUUUACAGUCUCUUGGGCAGAACUGGUGAGAGUGCUGCUCCAUCACGGCACCCUCUUUUGGUGGGACCUUCACUCCACCCAGCCCCUCCAGGGCAAUCAGAGAAUGUUCGUGAUAUUCCCUUACCAGAUAGGAAUUCAGAGAACACCUCAUCACGCCUUGAUGCCGUUUUCCGAUCACUGAGAAAUGGGCGUCAUGGACACCGCUUGAACUUGUGGAUAGAUGAUAACCAGCAAGGUGGUGGAUCAAAUGCAGGUGUAGUACCUCAAGGCCUUGAGGAGUUACUUGUUUCCCAGUUGAGGCGACCAACCCCUGAAAAGACCUCGGAUCAGGACACAGCAGCAGUGCCUGAAGACAAAGCUGAAGUUCAGUUACAAGAAUCAGAAGGAGGGCCAAGGCCUGACGUCUCUGUUGAGAACAAUGUAAAUGCUGAAAGUAGAAAUGUGCCUGCUCCAACGGAUGCUAUUGAUACAUCAGGAAGUGCUGAUGUGAGACCUGCAGAAACUGGAUCUCUACAGACGGCUGAUGUAGCAAGCACUCAUUCACAAUCAGUUGAGAUGCAAUUUGAACAUAAUGAUUCAGCUGUGCGGGAUGUAGAAGCUAUUAGCCAAGAAAGUGGUGGAAGUGGAGCAACUUUAGGGGAGAGCCUUCGUAGCCUUGAUGUGGAAAUUGGAAGUGCCGAUGGCCAUGAUGAUGGCGGAGAGAGGCAAGGUUCUACAGACAGGAUGCCAUUGGGUGAUUCACAUUCAGCUCGCACAAGAAGAACAAAUGUGUCUUUUGGAAACUCGACUGCCAGUGCAAGAGACGUGGCCCUUCAUAGUGUAACUGAAGUCUCAGAAAAUUCCAGCCGAGAAGCUGAGCAGGAUGGUCCAGCGACAGAGCAACAAAUGAACAGUGAUGCUGGUUCUGGAGCCAUUGAUCCUGCAUUCUUGGAUGCCCUUCCUGAGGAGUUGCGAGCUGAAGUUCUUUCCGCUCAGCAGAGUCAGGCAGCUCCUCCUUCAAAUGCUGAACCACAGAAUGCUGGAGAUAUUGAUCCAGAAUUCCUUGCAGCCCUUCCCCCGGAUAUCCGAGCAGAAGUUCUAGCACAACAGCAAGCUCAAAGGUUACAUCAAUCCCAAGAACUGGAAGGUCAACCAGUUGAAAUGGACACAGUCUCUAUCAUUGCAACAUUUCCUUCAGAGUUACGUGAGGAGGUGCUUCUAACUUCAUCUGAUGCGAUACUUGCCAACCUCACGCCGGCUCUAAUUGCAGAGGCAAACAUGUUGCGUGAAAGAUUCGCUCAUCGUUACAAUCGUACCUUAUUUGGUGUAUACCCUAGAAAUCGUAGAGGCGAGACUUCUAGACGAGGUGAUGGUAUUGGAUCUAGCCUGGAAAGAGUUGGGGGCAUUGGGUCCCGUAGGUCCACAGGAGCUAAGGUAGUUGAAGCUGAUGGAAUUCCUUUAGUUGAUACAGAGGCUCUCCAUGCAAUGAUUCGGCUACUUCGCAUCGUUCAGCCAUUAUACAAAGGCCAGCUGCAAAGGCUUCUGUUAAAUUUAUGUGCUCAUGGUGAAACGAGAACUUCGCUUGUGAAAAUUCUCAUGGACUUGCUAAUCUUUGGUACAAGGAAGCCUGCGAGUCUUUCAUCUGAUUCUGAGCCGCCAUAUCGGCUUUAUGCGUGCCAGACAAAUGUGAUGUAUUCACGUCCUCAGUUCUUUGAUGGAGUUCCUCCUUUGGUGUCUCGGCGUGUGCUAGAAACUCUGACCUAUUUGGCUCGAAACCAUCCGUAUGUGGCAAAGAUUUUGCUUCAACUACGGCUGCCUCUCUCUGUCCAGCAAGAACCUAAGGACAGUGUUGAUAAGAGAUCUGGCAAAGCUGUGACGAUUGUUGAAGAGAAUGGGCAGAAUAAGACUGAGAAUCAGGAAGGAUAUAUAUCCACAGUGUUGCUUUUGAGCCUUUUGAAUCAGCCCCUUUAUUUGAGGAGUAUAUCACACCUAGAACAGUUGCUGAACUUAUUGGAGGUCAUCAUUGAUAACGCUGAAAGCAAGUCAAGUUCAUCUGUAAAAUCUGGAUCUUCAUCUUCUGAACAUGCAUCUGGUCCUCAGCUUUUGACUUCAGAUACUGAGAUGAAUACAGAAUCUGGUGGUACUUCUACUGGAGCUGGUGCAUCAAGUAAGGUCAUCGAUUCUUCCAAACCCUCAACUUCUGGGGCAGAGAAUGAAUGUGAUGGUCAAACUGUUCUACUCAACCUGCCACAACCAGAGCUUCGGCUUCUUUGCUCUUUGCUUGCACGAGAAGGAUUGUCAGAUAAUGCAUACGCUCUUGUAGCUGAGGUGAUGAAGAAGUUGGUGGCAAUUGCUCCCACUCACUGUAACCUGUUUAUUACUGAGCUAUCAGAAGCCGUUCAGAAAUUGACCAAAUCUGCUAUGGAUGAGUUGCGGUUGUUUGGUGAAACAGUGAAAGCACUCCUCAGUACCACAUCUUCUGAUGGAGCUGCCAUUUUAAGAGUUUUGCAGGCAUUGAGCUCUCUUGUCUCCUCUUUGAGUGAUAAAGAGAAAGAUCCCCAGGCCAUACCUGAAAAGGAGCAUGGCGCUCCUCUUUCUCAGGUGUGGGACAUAAAUACAGCUUUGGAGCCUUUGUGGCUGGAGUUAAGCACUUGCAUAAGCAAAAUAGAGAGCUAUUCAGAUUCUGCCCCGGAUGCGUCGACUUCUUAUAGAACAUCAACAUCUAAACCAUCAGGUGCAACCGCUCCUCUGCCUGCUGGAACUCAUAACAUCUUGCCAUAUAUAGAAUCUUUCUUUGUGGUGUGUGAGAAGUUACAUCCUGCACUGCCGGGUCCUGGUCAUGAUUUCAGUAUUUCUGUGGUUUCUGAGAUUGAAGAUGCCACCACAUCAACUGGACAGAAGGCCUCGGGUGCUGCUGUGAAAUCUGAUGAAAAACACGUUGCUUUUGUGAAGUUCUCAGAGAAGCACAGAAAACUGCUUAAUGCUUUCAUUCGGCAGAAUCCUGGUUUGCUAGAAAAAUCUUUCUCCCUACUGCUGAAGGUUCCGCGCUUUAUUGAUUUUGACAAUAAGCGUUCUCACUUUAGAUCGAAAAUAAAGCACCAGCAUGAUCAUCAUCACAGUCCUUUGAGAAUCUCAGUAAGAAGAGCUUAUAUUCUUGAAGAUUCAUACAACCAGUUGCGCAUGCGAUCGACACAAGAUUUGAAGGGUAGGUUGACGGUUCACUUUCAAGGAGAGGAAGGUAUCGAUGCUGGGGGACUUACCAGGGAAUGGUAUCAGCUGUUGUCGCGAGUUAUUUUUGACAAGGGUGCCCUGCUAUUUACAACAGUGGGCAAUGAAUCCACGUUUCAGCCCAACCCCAACUCUGUCUACCAAACAGAGCAUCUUUCAUAUUUCAAGUUUGUUGGACGAGUGGUUGGAAAAGCUCUUUUUGAUGGGCAGCUCUUGGAUGUCCAUUUUACUCGAUCUUUCUACAAGCAUAUUUUGGGGGCUAAGGUCACUUAUCAUGACAUUGAAGCCAUUGAUCCUGAUUACUUUAAAAACCUCAAAUGGAUGCUUGAGAAUGAUAUCAGUGAUGUUCUGGACCUUACUUUCAGCAUUGAUGCUGACGAGGAAAAGCUGAUUUUGUAUGAAAGGACAGAAGUCACGGACUAUGAAUUGAUUCCUGGUGGACGGAAUAUUAAAGUGACUGAAGAUAAUAAGCACCAAUAUGUUGAUUUAGUUGCUGAGCAUAGGUUGACAACAGCUAUUCGUCCUCAAAUAAAUGCUUUUCUGGAAGGAUUCACUGAAUUAAUUCCCCGCGAACUUGUGUCUAUUUUCAAUGACAAGGAGUUGGAACUAUUGAUUAGUGGGCUUCCAGAUAUUGACUUGGAUGAUAUGAGGGCAAAUACUGAAUAUUCUGGAUAUAGUGCGGCAUCUCCUGUUAUACAGUGGUUUUGGGAGGUUGUCCAAAGUUUUAGCAAGGAGGAUAAGGCUCGUCUGUUGCAGUUUGUGACUGGCACCUCAAAGGUGCCUUUGGAAGGUUUUAGUGCACUUCAAGGCAUUUCAGGCUCGCAAAAAUUCCAGAUACACAAAGCAUAUGGCAGUCCUGAUCACUUGCCAUCUGCGCAUACUUGUUUCAAUCAGUUGGAUCUUCCAGAGUAUCCUUCUAAACAACAUCUGGAGGAGAGGUUGCUUCUUGCGAUUCACGAGGCCAACGAAGGGUUCGGAUUUGGCUGAUUAAAUUAUAACGGGAUUUUUUGGGGGAGGUUUAUCAAAAGUGGUUGAUUAUGUAGAUACUAUAUAGAUUAUGCUUAAAAUGUUAAUGGGAAUUGGGUAGAAUAGGUGGGCAUAUAAGAUAUUUUUAAGUUUUGAGUUAAUACAUGUUUAUAAACUGUACAGUCGUCUGUCUAUUGCCAAUGGAAAUGCGUCUGGCAGUUUUUUUAAUUUGCCAAUC